UCACACAAAUGCGAAACAGUUUGUUUUGGCCGUUUCCUCGCAUCCUGGCAGUGUAGCGGUCCUGUCGUCUAAUAACAACAAUCCACGCGCAAAAUGGCGAGCUCUACUGGAAGAAGUCGCUGGGACGAUAAAGGAAGUGCUAGUCUAGGCGGUGGCACUACUGCGGUAGCGUCAGGCCGCCAUGGUGACGAUCAGGAGUCGACGAGCCCCGCCGACGCGGAGAAGCGAAAGCACGACGACGGAGAAGGCGCGAGCGACGAUUCCCCCAAGAAGCCGAAGCUUACCAUGGGGUUCUCCCGGACUUUCAGCAGCGCCAAGGCAACCGAGGAGAAAAAGCCCGGACCAGCGCCGAUCUUGAUCAAGUUCGGCGGACCGAAAUCCAAAGAGCAGAAGACAACCGUGAAGAAGAGCUCUAGCUUAUCUGUCGCCGAGGCCUUCAACCAGAGCAGUGAUGAAGAAGAGGAGAUGCCACCCGAGGCGAAAAUGCGCAUGCGAAACAUCGGCAGGGACACUCCUACAUCUGCUGGACCCAACUCGUUUGGCAAGACUCGCAAGGGCUUUUGCGACAUCAAGAAGGUUUUCGAGCGAGACCUGAAAUCCAAAAUGAAUGAAGUAGCCGACUGAGAGCAGCUUUUUUUUAUACGUGCUUGACAAGUGAGCUAGAAACUAAGGAAUGCAUUGCUGGCUCGCAUUCGUUUUUUUUUUUUUCCAGGCUGAUUGGCAUUGUCUGCGUCAUUGUUUGAUCGUCAUACUUUUGCUUUGUAUAGGUGGUACACUGGGAGAAAAUUCAUAAAUAUUGUAUUGGAAGGUUAGGACCAAAAAAAAAAUAAAACAAGGCUCUCAUGAUAACGCCCCAUUAUUCAAGGUAUUGUAGCAGCAUUUAUUCUAGAUGGCACUGCAAUAUAUUUUUUGUUACUUUCUGCUUUUGGUCUGUAAAUAAACAUGUCAAAACCUCCUAAA